AUGAUUAUCAAUUUAUCAUUAUACUCAUUUUCAUACUCAAAUACUCACUUCUAUCACUCUUUUCUUUUUCUACUUACCUCUUCAUCCACCAUCAUCAUUAUCUUCUUAAUCAUCAUUACAUCAAAGAAAUAAGAAAUAAUCAACUAUUUUAUAACCAAAAUUUUUGUAGUUUUCUAUUUUAAGCACUAGUUUUUUAGCUUAAACAUAUCUUUCAUGGAUUAAAAUACUAAUAAAGUUAGCACCAACCGUGUGUUUUUGUGGGCUAAUCAUUUUCCAUAUUUUUGAAGGAAUUGAAAUUCUUGAGAUUAAAGCAAAGGUGUUUAGAGUGAAGGGAGUAAAGCAAAAAACAAAAAAAAAAUGUUUGGGUUUUCUUGAAAAAGAAUUGAUAAUUCGAGGAAAAAUGGAUAUGACUACUGCGAGAGCUACAAUUGCGGCGGCGACGACGGUGGCAGCGGUGGUGGGUGGUGGUGGUGUUGGGGGUUUGAGUAUAGUUCCGCCUUCCAAAAGCCCGGAAGCCGAAAGCGAAACACCGCCUCGGAUCCAAUCUUCUAAGCCUUUAUCAUUCAGUAACGGAGUGUUGAAGCGUCACGCGCCUGCUAUUGUGUUGUAUAAAGAGUGUUUGAAGAAUCAUGCGGCGAGUUUGGGUGGUCACGCGCUUGAUGGGUGUGGGGAGUUUAUGCCGGCUCCAACCGCGACUGCUUCGGACCCGACAUCGUUGAAGUGCGCAGCGUGUGGGUGUCACCGUAAUUUCCAUCGGCGGGAGCCAGAGGAGACUGUGAAUGCAACCACACCAGUAACUCAUGUGAUUGAGUAUCACCCACAUCACCGGCACCAUCCGUUGCCACCGCCGGCCUCGAAUCCCCAGACAGCACCGGCGGUGGCAACUCGUGGUGUGCGGAGCCCGGGGUCUCAGUCUCCUCCUCCGAUCUCGUCAUCUUACUACCCGGGCUCCGCACCCCACAUGCUGCUGGCUCUCAGCAGUGGUGGUGUGGGUGCUACUACUGGUGUACUCCCAGAUAACAACACUCCAACAACCAACAACGGCCCGCAUCACCCACACCACAACCACCACCCUCACCAGCCGCACCACCCCCACCACAACCACAACCACAACCACAACCACAAUCAAACUCAGCAUCUGAUGAACUCAUCCUCUUCACAACCGGCAAGCCGAAAGCGGUUCCGAACUAAAUUCAGCCAAAAUCAAAAGGACCGAAUGCACGAAUUCGCCGAAAAAGUAGGGUGGAAAAUGCAGAAAACUAACGAAGAUUUAGUGAAUGGGUUUUGCAAUGAAAUUGGUGUUGAAAGAGGGGUUUUCAAAGUUUGGAUGCACAAUAACAAAAACACUUUUGCUAAGCGUUCUACUACUGCUACUACCACUUCUGGGGUUGUUGCUACUAAUCCAACUGACGAUCUGAUUAAUAAUCCGAAUGACGAUGACGAGAUAAACGGUAAUUUGACCGGAAAUGGAAACAGUAAUAGCAGCAUUAGUAUCAACGAUCAGUCUCACCAUCAUCACAACCACCACAAACAUCAAUAUAAUGGUGGGAAGAGCAAUGAGAGUAAUGCUCCUACUAAUGGUUCUUCGUCUUCUUCUUAAUUAUAAUUAUAUCUAUCUUUGUUUUAAUAAACAUGUUUUUGUUUAAUUAGUCCUUAAUUAGAUUCUUCAAGAAGAAGAGUAAAGAGAAUUAGAGAAGAGAGGUGAAGAUUUCCCCUAUCUCACCCUUACCCACUUUUUUUUUUUUUUUUUCUUUUUCAUUUUUAGUAUUUUUUUAAUUUUUGCUUUUACUAGAUUUAUUUUGUUGAUUAAUAGUGGUAAGGGGGUGACUUUGUUGUUAAUGAGUUCAAUCAAGAGGGAAUUUAAUUCUAAUUAGUUCUAAUUAAUUAAUUAAGCAUUUUCUAUUGUUUAA